AUGUCCUCCCCAACCCACGGUCGUGGCGCCCGCCCCGACUCCCCCACCCCGCCCUCCCUUCUAAACUCCCCACCAGCCCAUCCUCCCCCAUCCUCACCCCUCCCCCUCCUACCCCCCUUCCGCGUCUCCUCAGGGUCAGGCAGCACGACGAUAGCCUCCAAACCAACAGCAGUCGAAACCGCCCGCCAACAAGGCGUGCUGCUCGGUGUCUUGUCAAGCGUUUGUAGAGUGACCGACCAGCUGUACCAAGACCUCCGGUUUCCCGAGAAAAAGUUUGGCAAAGAUCCGGUGCAUGCGUCGAGAGAGCAGCUGGAGGCAACAAGAAAGAGGGUGAGGAGGGCGUGGAAAACCGUGGAGCAGUACCCGAGUUUGGCGUGGGAAGGGGAGCUGGUUAGUUUGUGUGAGAAGAUGUUUGGGGAUGUUUUGAGAGUAUAUCAUCCACUCAUCGACAACGGAGAGAGCGCCAGCACCUUCACAGUUUUAUGGGGAGAAUACCUCGGAACCUACACAGAAACCAUCUCGAACGUUGAAAAGGAAGUAGACAAGGCUGUCAAGGAGUUGACUGAGGAUCCAAAUAGUCGAAAAAAUUCCGGGACAUACUAUGGUGGCGCGGGCGCGGGAGGAAAUGUCAGAAGUGAGGCCCCGAGGUUGAUGAGGCCCUUGGGCCCUUGA